AUGCUGAAAAAGACUCUCUCAGCUCUGACCUGGCUCUGCAUUCUCAUCACAGCUUUCGUCAGCCACCCGGCGUGGCCACAGAAGCCCCCGAAGCGUAAGACCCCCGCGCAACUCAAGGUGGCCGCGUGCUGUGCGGAGGCGGAGGGGCUCAGGGCCCAGAUCGCCAAUCUGAGCAGUCUGCUGAGCGAACUGAGCGCGAAGCAGGAGAGGGACUGGGUCAGUGUGGUCAUGCAGGUGAUGGAGCUGGAGAGCAGCACCAAGCGCAUGGAGUCACGGCUCACAGACGCAGAGAGCAAGUACUCGGAAAUGAACAACCAGAUUGACAUCAUGCAGCUACAGGCAGCACAGACUGUCACCCAGACCUCAGCAGACGCCAUCUAUGACUGCUCGUCCCUCUACCAGAAGAACUACCGCAUCUCUGGAGUGUACAAGCUUCCUCCUGAUGACUUUCUGGGCAGCCCUGAGCUGGAGGUGUUCUGUGACAUGGAGACGUCCGGCGGCGGCUGGACCACCAUCCAGAGGCGCAAGAGCGGCCUUGUCUCCUUCUUCCGGGACUGGAGACAGUACAAGCAGGGCUUCGGCAGCAUCCGCGGGGACUUCUGGCUGGGGAACGAACACAUCCAUCGGCUCUCCAGGCGCCCAACCCGGCUGCGCGUGGAGAUGGAGGACUGGGAGGGCAACGUGAGACACGCCGAGUACAGCCGCUUCGCUCUGGGCAACGAACUGAACAGCUACCGCCUCUUCCUGGGGAACUACAGCGGCGAUGCAGGGAACGACGCCCUCCUCUAUCACAACAACACGGCUUUCAGCACCAAGGACAAGGACAAUGACAACUGCCUGGACAAAUGCGCGCAGCUGCGCAAAGGUGGCUACUGGUACAACUGCUGCACAGACUCCAACCUCAAUGGGGUCUACUACCGCCUCGGGGAGCACAACAAGCACCUGGAUGGAAUCACGUGGUACGGCUGGCACGGCUCGAGCUACUCCCUCCGGCGCGUGGAGAUGAAAAUCCGCCCAGAAGACUUCCAGCCCUGA